AUGGCCGGAAACAGUCGAGACAGACUGACAAAUGGAAACGACUCUGGACAGUUGUACGCUGCUGGCUUCAAUGCGCACAAGCAAUUGAAUCCUACCACCACAGAGGAUCUGAGGGACUUCAAAGCAUUCAGCACUGAUGCCAAGGGCCCUCGAGUUCUAUUCGCGGGAUGGAGCACUACAGUGAUCAUCGACGGGACUCGAGUGCUUAGCUUGGGAUACCAGCGAAUUGACCAAGACCUGGGCCCUUUAGCCCAAGAGCUACAUUCAGCCAUUGGAGACCAUGAUGCAUUCAAGGCAUGUGUCGACGAUGCGGGCCGCCUCUAUGUCGUCGAAGAUGACCAGAGCGGCGGACAUGUUCUCGUGUGCAAAAGCGUUGAUUCCUCCCCUCGCAUCGGUCGAUUGGCUCUGGCGUCGAACAAUCGCAUUGCUAUGACCGCCAAGCAGGCACCGAAUGGCAAUCUCUGUCACCUCACUGAGUUCGAAACGUAUGAAUCGUUUCUGAAAUGGUACGAAGAUCCUAGUGGCGAGGGCAACUACCCUAUCGGCCAUCAUAUGCUGCCUGGCAGACCGAAAGACCUUCGAUCGAAUGUAGCGACCUUCAUACUGCUCUUUCAUGAUGGUAGCGUCUGGACAUGGGGAGACUCGAGAUACCAAUCUCUGGGUCGGCGUGUCACCGGGGAAGGUGCCACACCAGCUCAUCAACCAGGAGUAGUGGAAGACCUUGGAGGCCUAGUCAUCGAGUCCAUUGCGGCUGGAGGCUGGGAGGCGGCCGCGAUCUCUGAGGACAAGGCCCUAUACAUAUGGGGCGCCGCGGCGCCAGGCGCCCAGAUUCAGAACCGCUCGACGUGA